CUUCUCAUCGAGCUUCUAAGUUUCCGUCUUUAAUUAUGGAUGUUAAAACCUUUCUAAACAAUCUUCAUGAUGAAGUAUCCUGUUCUGUGUGCAUGACCACAUUCACUAAUCCAAAAACGCUGCCAUGCCUACACAGUUUUUGUCUUCACUGCUUGGAAGGCAUUCAGCGAGCGAGCGGCCGCCAUGAUACCAUAACCUGUCCAGAAUGUAGAAGAGAGAGCAAAGUCCCUAGCGGAAACCUCAACGACCUACCCACCAACUUUCGAAUCAAUAGUUUGCUCGAUGUGUUAGCAAUCAAAGAGUGUAAUACCACUGGCGUACAAUGCGGAAAUUGUGACACGAAGAGCUCGAAGAGUUUCUACUGCUUCCAGUGUUGUGCAUUCUGGUGUGAAGCUAACUGUAUAAGCCUUCAUAAUGGCAUCAAAGCCAAUAAAGAACACCGCGUGUUGGCGCUCAAAGACUUUCAAGACAAGGACUUUGAGAAUGUUUUAAAGCGUCCAGCAUUUUGCUCGAAGAAACACCACGAGAAAGAAGAGCUGAAGUUCUUUUGCAAGGACUGUGAAGUUGCUAUUUGCAACACUUGUGUUGUAACGCUUCACGACGGCCAUUUUUGCCUUCACUGCUUGCAGGGCAUUCAACGAGCGAGUGGCCGCCAGGAUAUCAUAACAUGCCCGGAGUGUAGAAGAGAGAGCAAAGUCCCUAGCGGAAGCCUCAACAACCUGCCCACCAACUUUCGAGUCAAUAGUUUGCUUGAUGUGUUGGCAAUAAAAGAGUGUAAUACCACUGGCGUACAAUGCGGAAAUUGUGACAAGAAGAGCUCGAAGAGUUUCUACUGCUUCCAGUGUUGUGUAUUCUGGUGUGAAGCCAACUGUAUAAGCCUUCAUAAUGGCAUCAAAGCCAAUAAGGAACACCGCGUGUUGGCGCUCAAAGACUUUCAAGACAAGGACUUUGAGAAUGUUUUAAAGCGUCCAGCAUUUUGCUCGAAGAAACACCACGAGAAAGAAGAGCUGAAGUUCUUUUGCAAGGACUGUGAAGUUGCUAUUUGCAACAUUUGUGUUGUAACGCUUCACGACGGCCAUGUCAAGAUAACCUUGGAAGAAGCUGCAGAUGAACGAAAGUUACAAGUGAAGUCUGUAAUUGAGUCCCAAAAGCAAAAAGCACAGCUAAAGAGAAACAAAAUUGCUAUGCUUGACGAAAGCUGUAUUCGAAUUCAAGAACAAGCUGCAAUCGUAAAACGAGACGCAGAGAAAUUUGCUGAAAUGAUGACCACACUCAUCGAAGCGAAGAAGAAGGAAAUAUUUAAGAAAGUAGAAGCUGCGGCAGAAGGCUCACUCGAGUGUAUUGUAAUACACAAGAGUGAAAUUGAACACCAAGUGAAAAUGAGCGAGACAGCAAUUGAGGAAACUGAAACACUUUUAAAACGAAGUACAAUCGCUGAAAUUGCACAGUUAGCUAAGUCAUUUAACACAAUCCUAGCGGAAGAAGUGAGUCAGAUGACUGAAAGUGAAUUUGAAUGUGACCUUGACGUUCUUCUUCAACUGAUUUUUUCAGAAAACGAAACAUUAAUGGACAAAAUAAACACUGAAGGAAUCGGCUCAUUCAAAACCAUUCCUAGCAAGACUAAAGCGCAUCAGUCAAGUGCCGAAGGAAAAGGACUUAAAGGAGCUGUUGUGGGACUUGAGGCAGAAUUUGUUUUGACCACACGAAAUUCUGAGGGAGAACAACGCCACGAAGAGCACGACUGCGUAACACUGCAACUCAAAAAUCAUCAAGGCCAUGACUGUGCCACGAAAAAGCAAGUCCAAGAUAACAAAGACGGCACCUACAAGAUCACCUAUGUUGCCAAAGAAACAGGAAAAUGCAACGCAUCAGUGAAAGUAAAUGGCGAAGAUGUUCGUAACAGUCCGUUUGCGGUUGAGGUCAAACCCAGCCGUCCAUUCAGACCCGUGCUAUCAUUUGGACAAGAAGGUGCGUCUGUUGGAAUGUUUAAUAAACCUUGGGGGGUGGCAGUAAAUGAUCGAGACGAGAUAGCAGUGACUGAUGCUUAUAAUCACAGGGUCCAGGUCUUUAAUAGUGACGGGACUUACUUAAGAUCUUUUGGUAGAAAGGGUGAAAAGCCAGGAGAAUUUAACUUUCCUUUAGGCAUAACUUUUGAUAAGAAUGGAAAUAUUAUAGUGGUGGAUAACCACCGUGUCCAAUUAUUUAGCGAGCAGGGUGAGUGCUUAAGCCACUUCGGUGGCAGAGGAACUCUUGAUCACCAGUUUAACUAUCCCCAUGGUGUGAGUUUGGAUAAGGACGGGAAUAUCAUUGUUGGCGACAAAGAUAAUCGUCUUGUCAAGAUAUUUUCCCCCAGUGGCAAGUUUUUACGUAAAAUUGGAGGUCAUGGUACUUUGUCGAGACCCCUUCAUUGUGUCCAAUAUGACAAAUAUUUUAUAGUUUCAGACAUUUAUGACGAUUGUAUAAAAGUGUUUGAUAGCGAUGGGCAUUUUUUGCACGCAUUUGGAAAGAAGGGGGAGGGUGACGGGGACUUUAAGACACCUCGUUGGUUGUCACUUACCAAGACAGGACAACUCGUGGUCUGUGACAGAAACAAUCACAGAAUCCAAAUUUUUGAGUUGAACGGGAAGUUUUUAGGAAAGUUUGGGAAGAAUGGUAGCGAAAUAGGGCAGUUUGAUGGACCAAGUUCGUCUGCAUUUCUAAGUGAUGGAAGGAUAGUUGUGACCGAUAUAGAUAACAACCGGGUUCAGAUACUAGAAUAACCCAUUACGCUCAUCUAUCACUUUAAGCCUGAAGCCUCGUCGGAUACACUUUUACAAUCCACAUUCUUCGCCCGAUUGGAAAUCUCUUCCUCGGUUUGUUUUCCACGUCAGUGCCUAACAGAUGUUUAGGUCUUAAGAAAAACAAAACAAGAAAAGCGAAGCCCCUUUAAAUUGCAUUGCCUCAAGAUUCCACGAGGAUCGACACUUUGCCCUGGGCUUCAAGAAGAACGCGAAGUCUCACUUGAGCUCAAGGCUUCAAUCCCGUGAGGAUUCCAAAACCCCUGCUUUGGGGCCAUGCCAAACAGUUUUUUUUUGGUUUUAUGUUAUUCAGUAAUAAAGUUAAAUUAAGUACCCGUAACAAAAUAUAUGACCGGUCAGAUACGAGUUUUAGCAAAAAAUAUAUUAUUAAAAAAAGAAAAAAAGAAAUAGAACUAUAACAUGUGGUUGUUUUUGUAAAUAGAAGGUGGUAAAUUAAAAUGGAAUUAAUGAGAAACUAAAGUGAAAACAUACAGGCUGCUCAAUUCAACUCUACGAACAAAAACUCAAAGGCAGUAUAUAGUUCAACAUACUGCUUCAGGCCUUUAGUAUUGUUUACUAUACUUUAUAUUGCCUGACACGUUAGCUGUGGUUAUAACUAUAUAUUCAAAACUUAGACGAUAAUUAUUAUUGUAGACAGCGGAAAGCUUAGUGGGAAAUUAAUGAAAUUAAUGUUUAUUAUGCAGUGUACAUCAAGUUUAUUAAGUAAUGACAAUUGAGUUGAUCAUUAACGAUAAAUUGAAUUGUAUGCUAGAAUUAUCAUUGUAAGCAAAAAAAAAAUGUAGCUGUUAUAUUAUUG